AAAAAGCGGAUCAAGGUAAUAGCUUGAUCUUAUAUGAUUGGAUAAUAUUUAACUUAGAAACAGUAAAUUAUUUGCUUGGAUAGUGUGCAGAACGUUCGUGGGAAAUAACUCAAAAAAUAAAAAUAGUUAUUGAAAAGAAAAUUUUUAAAGAAUAUUAUGGCAAUCUUUAAGAAUGAAUUCAAUUUCAUUCUGGAAUAAUUUUUGAAUUUGUGUAUUUAUACAAUUAAAAUAAUAACAGAUUCAUUAUAAUGCAUUUAUGAUUAAAUGCCAUGCAUUCUAUAUGUGAAGAAUAAUGUUUAAAAUUAGUGUAUAUUGGUGUAUAACCUGAUUGCAUUAAAAAUGCAAGCCAAGAAGCGCUAUUUAUUAUUAUUUGUAACAUGUGCGUUUCUUGGUUAUUGUUAUUUUGGUGGUUAUCGAUUAAAAAGUGAAAAGUGGACAGGCAGAUCUCAGUUGCCUUAUGAGCGAUUGCCUUCAUAUUUAAGUCUAAAUGAAGAAUUCUAUGACAAGGAUUUGAAAACAUCAAAUGGAAACCCAAUUAUGUCUCAACGUACAAAACAAUGCCGUAUGGAGACUUGUUUUGACUUUACCAAAUGCAAGCAAGGUUUCACAGUAUAUGUGUAUCCAAUUGAAGAUGUGAUAAGUCCACUAUACCAAAAAAUAUUGAAUGUUAUUACAGAAUCAAGAUAUUAUACAUCAGAUCCUACUCGAGCAUGUAUAUUUGUAUUAGCUCUUGAUACAUUGGAUAGAGAUCCAUUAUCGACAGAAUUUGUGCAUAAUCUUCCUUCAAAAUUAAUGCGUUUACCAUAUUGGAACAAUGGCAGAAAUCAUUUGAUAUUUAAUUUGUAUUCUGGAACAUGGCCUGAUUAUGCAGAAGAAUCUUUAGCCUUUGAUUUAGGAUAUGCUAUGCUUGCAAAGGCCAGCAUGUCUAUUUUUAGACAUAGACCUGAAUUUGAUAUAUCUAUUCCAUUGUUUGGAAAACAACAUCCAGAACGUGGUGGAGAACCGGGACAAGCUUUAGAAAAUAAUUUUCCUAAUAAUAAAAAAUAUAUUGCAGCUUUCAAGGGUAAAAGAUACGUCCAUGGUAUAGGUUCUGAAACUAGAAAUGCCCUUUAUCAUUUACAUAAUGGCAAGGAUUUAGUGUUUGUUACAACUUGCCGUCAUGGUAAAGCAUGGAGAGAGUUACAAGAUGAACAUUGUCAACAAGAUAAUCAAGAAUAUGAUAUGUAUGAUUAUGAAAUUUUGUUAAUGAAUGCUACUUUUUGUCUUGUACCAAGAGGAAGAAGACUUGGUAGUUUUCGAUUUUUAGAAGCUUUAAGAGCUGGAUGCAUUCCAGUUAUUUUAAGUAACGGUUGGGCACUUCCUUUUCACGAACGAAUUGAUUGGACACAAGCUGUUAUAUUUUCUGAUGAAAGACUGUUACUUCAAAUUCCAGAUAUAGUACGGUCUGUGUCCAAUGUGCAUAUUCUUAAAUUACGGCAGCAAACACAAUUCCUUUGGGAACGAUAUUUUUCGUCGAUAGAAAAAAUUGUAUUUACAGUAUUUGAGAAUAUUCGCGAGCGUUUACCUUGGGAAGGUACAAGAGAAAAGCUUGUUUGGAAUACUAAUCCUGGAGCAUUAGCAAUAUUACCACAAUUUGCUGAUAGUCAACAAGAACUUCCAUUUUCGAAAAGUAAUCCAGGUAAUACCUUCACUGCCAUCAUCUACUCGCAGUUAGGAUCUACUGCUGUCUUAUAUCGGCUGCUUAAGAGUCUCGCGAAAAGUAAAUAUCUAGAUAAGAUUAUUCUUAUGUGGAACUCGGAUAUUCCAUUACCAAGAAGACCACGAUGGCAAGGGAUCAAAGCAUCAAUACAUGUUGUCACAGUUGAUGGUAUAUCUCAACGUUUUUAUCCUCAUCCAUUAAUCAAAACUAGUGCCAUAUUAUCUCUAGACGAAGAUGCCACACUCAAUACAGAUGAAAUUGAUUUUGCCUUUACGGUAUGGAAAUCGUUCCCUGAUCGAAUAGUUGGUUAUCCAGCGAGAUCACAUUAUUGGGAUGAUUCAAAACGUUCAUGGGGUUAUACAAGUAAAUGGACAAAUGAUUAUAGUAUAAUUCUAACUGGUGCCGCCUUUUAUCAUCGUUAUUAUAAUACAUUGUAUACCGAAUUACUGAGUUCGACGCUUCACAAGACUGUCGAGCAAUCUCAAAAUUGCGAGGAUAUACUUAUGAAUUUUUUAGUAAGUCAUGUAACGCGAAGACCACCUAUCAAAGUAACUCAACGGAAGUUGUAUAAAGAUACCACAGUGGCUGGAAUCAGAUCUCCAUGGAAUGACCCAGAUCACUUUAUACAACGACAAACGUGUAUGAACACGUUUGUAGCCGUUUUCGGGUACAUGCCAUUGUUACGAUCUAAUAUGAGGCUUGACCCUGUUUUGUUCAAAGACUCUGUAAGCAACUUGCGCAAAAAAUAUAGGCAAAUUGAAUUAGUUAGUAAUUAGAAUUAUACAAGAUAUUUUAUCAGUUAUACAGUUAUUUACCCUCGAAACGGGCAUCCUAUAUAUAUAUAUACAUAUAUAUAUAUAUAUAUAUGUAGCCUCGAAUAUUUCUAUUAAAUAGUGGCGCAUAUUGCUAAUUGCAGCCGCGUGUGCGCGCUAGAGGCUAUUCCAAAAUGUAUAGGAAACAUUUACAUACGUUGUAAGUAAGAAAAACCAUUGUAUUAUAGUGGUUAUCAAGCAAAAUCAAGAAGGUCUUUCAUUCUUGAGGAAUAGCGGAUUCUCUGCGCUUUUAUAUAUUCGCAAAAAAAUGAAUUUUUGUACAAAGUAUGGGAUAUCUUGUAAUAUUGUUCGAAUCUAAAUCGAGCCACGGUAUACAACCGUUGUUGUAUAUACAACCGUGUUCAAUUGAUGUACAUACGAAUCGUUUCAUAGUUACUAAUAAAACGAAAAAAGGGGAAAAAAAAAAAAUAAAAAAAAAAACAAACAAAAAAAAACACAAAAAAAAAAAAGAAAAAGAAACGAAUAUUAUUUGACAAAUUCUUCGACUUUUAAAACCGGCCUUUGGAAGCUACAUACAAUGUAUUCUAAUUAUAGUCAAUUGAAAUCGCUCGAAACCAAAUUUAUCAAACGCUUACUUUUCUCUAAUCGUUGAAACAAUAAUUAUCGUGCAGAUAAUAUUUUAUAUAAAAAAAAUCGAACAAAAACAUGUAGCUAUGUCCGGAUUACGUCUUGAUUAGUAGCCUCAGGGAUGGAUCUAUUUAACGCGAGAACUGAAAUACAGCUUACGACUUGAUGGACUAUCUGAGAGCUAUUGAUACAAAUAUAAUUUUUUAUAUAUAUAUAUAUAUUUCAAUUUUUACAAUUAACAAUAAUUAACUUUAUCGAUCUUGCUCGAUGUUUUAAAAAAAAAAAAAAUGAAUGUUUACCUCUGUUCAUUGUUGCAAUAAGUGUAAGUUUAUGUAUUAAAAUAUUUCAUUCGUUUUUUCAAUGUACACACCCAACAUCGUAUGCUCGUAUGUAGUUUCUUCUAUGUAUUCUAGGCAUUCAGAUUAAUCAAAUAUGUAGAAAAUAUUUCAAGAUUUUGCGUAUUAUCGUUGUACAUGUAUAUUACAUAUUUCCGUUUUUUUGUUCGUCUCGAAUACGUAUAUGUAUAUGCUCGAUCGCUCUCAGGAGAUCUUUAAAAGGAAGUAAGAAAUUACUUGUGACAAUAUCGCAAGUAUGUCUAGUCGUUUACGUUCAUUUAUAUCGAUACAUCCAAGGGAAAAAAUGAUCCACAUGAUCCACGUAGCUAAACACUGGAUGCCAGAUAUUUGUGUUUUCACAGUGUAAGGAAUGAGAAUGAUGUACAUAUAUAUAUGUGAUAUGUUCAUAAUUAUCAUGUGAUAUAUUCGUAUAAUUAUCGGAUACAGGAUUAAAAAGGACUGUGUAAUUCCACCAAUGGCAUUUCUUUAUCGCGACAAUGUUAUAAUAUAUAUGUUACUGGAAAUGUUAUAUUUUUUAUCGUAUUGCUGAUUUUUAAUGCUCGAAGGGUCAGCAGGAAUAAAGGAUUCUUUUUUAAUAAAUAUUCUCUUAUUCGUUUCUAUAUUUUCUAUUCGUAAUAUAUAACAUAAGAAAUGAUUUUUUUUCUUCUUCUUCUUCUUUUUCUUCGUUCUUAUUUAUCGUCGUAAAUAAUAAAAUUUCUGGUUCUUCUUUCCUGCAUACUCUUCACCGUAUAUAAAUUUAAUCGGAUACGGGACUGUGCAAAAUGGUCGCUUUUGUUCGGUUAUCGACAAAUUUAUCCGCAUUUGUUACAGUAUCAAACAUUAUUAAAUUCUAACAGAAUGCUAUUUUAAAGUUAACGAGUAGUUUUCAUUACAUACAAUUCCAUGCUGAUUGUAAUCUCCUUUCGUCAAAAUAAUAUAUCUGAACAAAUAUUGGUGAUUUUAUAUGGCCGAGAAAAUAAAGUUUUUAUAAAAAAUAA